GCUGGCUGGACCGAUGAAAAGACCUCAGAAAAAGAUUUGGAUUCCGCCCUCGAUGAUGAUUCAUGUCCAAUGUCUUGUCGCACAAACUCGAAGAUCUACAGGCGAAGACUAACAAGUUGACCGAAGAGGCAGCGAAGACGGGACUUCAAGUGAAUGCGGAGAAGACAGAGGUGAUGAAGAUACCCAACCAACAACAACAGCAUCAACAACAAGCACCAAUCACCAUUAACGGGAGAAACCUAAAGGAAGUAGCCUCUUUCACCUACAUACCUAGGCAGCAGUCUUUCAUCUACCUGGGCAGCAUCCUUUCAAAUGCAGAGGGCGGCACAGACGAGAAUGUCAUGACCAGGAUCGGAAAACCAGCAAGACAGGCUUUCAUCAAUCUGAAAUCAGUGUGGAGAUCUGCUGCACUCAGUAUAAAGCAUGAAUAAGAUCCAGAUUUUCAACACCAACGUCAGUCAAGUCAGUGUUUCUGUAUGGCUCAGAGACUUGGCGUGUCACGAAAAGCACUUCCAACAAGCUACAGACAUUCAUCAAGAGCUGCCUACGCUCGAUACUGAAG